CUCUGGCAGUCUCCUCAUCCGCCGCCUCCGCCUCCGCCCGGCUCCCUCGCGUAGCCGCUGGACCCCCGAGGGCCCAGCCAGGGGGCCCCGGCAGCUUGGCCUGGCAGGUGCGGGGCGCCGGUAGGAGCUGGGCGCGCACGGUUACCGCGCGUGGAGGAGACACUGCCCCGCGGCCAUGAGUGCCAGGGGCGCUCCUUCACGCCGAAGGCCGGCGGGGCGGCGACUGCGGGACCUGCCCACCGGGAGCUUUCCCUUCCUCCUCCUGCUGCUGCUCCUCUGCAUCCAGCUCGGGGGAGGACAGAAGAAAAAGGAGAACCUUUUAGCCGAAAAAGUAGAACAGCUGAUGGAAUGGAGUUCCAGGCGCUCAAUUUUCCGAAUGAAUGGCGAUAAAUUCCGAAAAUUUAUAAAGGCACCACCUCGAAACUAUUCUAUGAUUGUUAUGUUCACUGCUCUUCAGCCUCAGCGUCAGUGUUCUGUAUGCAGGCAAGCUAAUGAAGAAUAUCAAAUACUGGCUAAUUCCUGGCGCUAUUCAUCUGCUUUUUGUAACAAACUCUUCUUCAGUAUGGUGGACUAUGAUGAGGGUACAGAUGUUUUUCAACAGCUCAACAUGAACUCUGCUCCUACAUUCAUGCAUUUUCCUCCAAAAGGCAGACCCAAGAGAGCUGACACUUUUGACCUGCAAAGAAUUGGAUUUGCAGCUGAACAACUAGCAAAGUGGAUUGCUGACAGAACGGAUAUUCAUAUUCGGGUUUUCAGACCACCAAACUACUCUGGCACUAUUGCUUUGGCCCUGUUAGUGUCACUUGUUGGUGGUUUACUCUAUCUAAGAAGGAACAACUUGGAGUUCAUCUAUAACAAGACUGGUUGGGCCAUGGUGUCUCUGUGUAUAGUCUUUGCUAUGACUUCUGGCCAGAUGUGGAAUCAUAUCCGUGGCCCUCCAUAUGCUCAUAAGAAUCCACACAAUGGACAAGUGAGCUACAUUCAUGGGAGCAGCCAGGCCCAAUUCGUGGCAGAGUCACACAUUAUUCUGGUUCUGAACGCUGCUAUCACCAUGGGAAUGGUUCUUCUAAAUGAAGCAGCAACUUCCAAAGGAGAUGUUGGAAAAAGACGGAGUAAGUCUCUGUUAAUUUGCCUAGUGGGAUUAGGCCUGGUGGUCUUCUUCUUCAGUUUUCUACUUUCAAUAUUUCGUUCCAAGUACCAUGGCUAUCCUUAUAGUGAUCUGGACUUUGAGUGAGAAGAUGUGAUUUGGACCAUGGCACUUAAAAACUCUGUAACCUCAGCUUUUUAAUUAAAUGAAGCCAAGUGGAUUUGCAUAAAGUGAACAUUUGCCAUGAAGAUAAACUGUUCCUGACAUUAUACUAUUUUGAAUUCCUGAGUUCCUUUCUCUGUCCAUGGUGAUAAGCUAGCUUAUUCUUGUAUACUUUUUUUAAACUGUGGGUUUUCUUAGUAAAUUUAAUUUAUAAUAAAUGGAUGGUAACGUUUAAUAAUCUACAAAGGAAACAUCAAAGUGUUUUUCCAGCAUUAUAUUCCAUGUAUGCCACAGAAUUGAAUAAAUGACAAUGUAAUUAUGAAUUCAUGUUUUAGAACUGUUCACUCAUUAGUAAAGAAAACCACAAUGUUAGUAAAGGAAACCACAAUGUUAGUAAAGAAAACCACAAUGUUAGUAAAGGAAACAAUGAAAUGUAUGUUAAAGAAUUCUUAGUAUUGUACAGGGAUAAAGCAUAUGCAUGAAAAUAUCAUGUAUUGGAAAUUAUACGUAUUGCAGUUUCAGUUAUA